GAGGAAAGGGAGGAGGAGGAGGAGCGCGCGCGCAAGGCCCUACCAGUCUUGUGACCGAAAAAAAAGGCCCAUGCGGACAUGGCAACCAUCCAUGGCCGUCCGAUCUUGCUCAUUACUGGCAUGCCUGUGGGUUGGUGAUCCCGGCGUGGAUGACAUCUAGCCUGAGUGCUCGAUGGCCUGUCGCUGCACCGGCAGUGCGCGAACCUUCUCGCACGAUCGCGUGCUCACGGGCGUGAAGGAUGCCUUGCAAAAGGCGUGUCGGGAUAGCGCGCGAACCAAGCUGGAAUAGUUGCAGUGCCUCUACCCCCAGAGUCGCUGUGCGACGCACUAGACAUGUUUGUGAUAAUCCAGCAAGUUUGGCGGCAACGCGUAAAACCUCCAGCGUGCUCGCGUGCCAAGUGGCACGCAUCAUGAUCAUCAAAACACGUACCAGGUUUGCUCUGAAACAAAACUGGAAUGGUUGCAAUAUCCACGUCCACGCAGAGUCAAGUGAAUUACGGCGUACUGUACUGAAUCGACACCACGCGUUGAUGGGCCGCACAUGAAACAUCGGCUCGGAUGGGACACGAAUUAAACGCCCGCCAAACAUGCCACGGGUCUACUCUGGCUGCCGUUGGCCUCCACACGCUCCUCCGCCAGACAACCGGAAAGCUGGGCGUCCCUAUAUACAAACUAUUUCGAGUGCGGCAGAGGGUCUGCCAUUGGCCCACUAAACCUUGCGCCGAUUUGACUCCGAAGCCAGAUAGCUGCAUUUCCCCACGGCGUGGGCGAAGGCGAGGUUUACUAGAAGACCAAGAAGCCCAACGCACGCCAUGAAGAAGUACAAACACUGAUAGCCACUCGCGCCAGGGUAGGUGUCCAACCAAUACCCCGAGAUCUUGCCCAUGAAGAUAUCUGGGGUAUAGCCAAUAACAGAGGUCAUCCCCACUGCAGUGCCUGUAAGCCCAGAGGGCAGAUUGGCGUCGUCGAGAAGAGCCCAGUAGACUCCUGCAAUUCCAAACACACUAGCCGCUGAGGCCACGAUCUGAACCACCAACAUGCCGUGGUCAAGUGGUCUCUUGGUGCCAGGGCAACCCAAAGGUAAGCACAGCUGUAAGACAGGAACAGGCCGCAGGAGACCCUGGACUUGCCCCAGCGAUCCGCGGCCGCGCCGGCCACGAGCCCAGACCAGGCACGCAUCCCCUUGACCAGUGAGCUAAUCUGUGCGGCUUGCACCACGUCCAUAGCGUUAAGUCGGGCGUGUCCCCCUACACGGGGAUUGUUUGGCAAAAAGAGCCAGACAAUCGCCCCCGGGCUGUUUUUGUAGUAUUGUCGAAUACUCCUCCUGCAGAGGGACAGGCCCGACUUAACCAUAGCGUAACCGUACCUCGCAAACCCUGCGAAUUGGUCGGUCGCCAGAUUGCCAGAGUAGGCCGCUACCACGAUCAACGCAUGCAGCCAAACAGCGGGCCGCUGAAUAAUGUCCAACAUGAUGCUGACUCCUGCAGGAGCCUCUCUAGCUGGGUGCUCAUCAGCCCGCACGGCCAUCCCGGAUGGGAGAGCGAGCAUGAUCACGAAGGCCAUCCCAACGUUGAGCGCGGCCAAACGCAUGAGCAACAUGGUCAAAGCGUCGUGCUUCACAUCAGCGGUAGCUGCUGUCUGGGCCGGCAUCGCCUGGCGCAUCACGGCAGCCAGGGCAACUGUCAUCAAUGCUGCUGAUGCACCUCGUGAGGUCUGCUCAAAACCGAAAGCGAUUCCCGAAUGGUCGUCGCCACCGAUCCGUCGUAUGAGCGAUACGUAGGAUGACCAGAACAGGAGAGUGCCCACAACUGCCAAACAAGCCCAAACGAGGAUCAACUCUGAGAACGAAGGGCCCGUGAGAAGGAAGCAGCUACAUGCCGCCGUUGUCAAAAGCGCACUGACCAUUAACAACUUCGGUCGACAGCGGUCGGCGACGUAGCCUCCUGGAACGUACAGGCACAUGCUGACGAUGCCAUACACCGACGACAAAAUACCAACCUGGUGGUUGUCCAAACCGAAGGUCUCGAGAAAGAGGGGUCGGAAAGACGACGUCAGCCCGUACGGCACAGUGUACAACACCUCGAUUGCCAGUGCCAUAAUCCAUGGACAGGGCCUUCCUGACGCCUCGCCCUGACACUCCCAUUGCAAAAAUGUUGAUGCAGCUCGAGGCCACCAUGUUCACUGCUUUAGCCUAGACUUGAAUCAAAAUUGCUUUAGCCUCAAACU